AUGACCCGAACCCAAGUCCAGUACCCUUCCCCUGCUACCCUGAAGCGGUUCCCUCACAUCCAUGAUGAACCCUCAGCUCUCUCCCACUCUCUUGACCCCUUCACCAUCACCACUAAGACAGGUUUCCUGCCUUAUGAGACUGCUCCCACUGAGCUCCCAGAGGCCUUCAGUGCCCUGUUGUCCCUUGUGAACCGUCUCCCCGUCGUCAAGAUUGAUGGCACCCCCGGCCUACUGGCUACCUAUGAGCUUGGCCCGGCUGUAGAGGCUGAGCUCACUGACCUCACCCACGAGGUCGAGAAACUGGUCCUAGCCGAUGGCACUUAUGACCGCUUCACUAUCGCUGCUGUCUUCCGUGACUAUACCUUCCUGGCCUCGUCCUACUUGCUCGAGCCUUGCUGGGAGCACUGGAACAAGGAUCCCGAAGGUGGCUAUGGGCUUGGUCGUGAUGUGCUGCCUAUCUCCAUUGCCCGUCCUAUGUACCGCUGUGCUGAAAUUCUGAACCUCCCGCCUUUCAUGUCUUAUGCUGCUUCUUAUGCUUUGUUCAACUAUACCGUUGCCGACCCUGCCAAGGGUCUCAGUGAGUACUCGAACCUUCGUCUGAUCCGAUCCUUCGAAAGGGGUCUUGACCCCAAGAGCUCCGAGGCUGGCUUUAUCCUGACCCAUGUUGACAUGGUUAAGGAGACUGGCCCUCUCAUUGCCGGUGCUUUGAAGGUUGUCGACUCUCUUGAGCAGCAUGGCUCUCGCCAGGAAAUCAAUGAUGGAUUCCGCGAGAUCUUGAAGUCGAUGGAGAAGAUCGAGGCUUCUAUGGAAGAUAUGUGGGGCAACUCCAAGCCAUCGGAGUACCUCUCAUUCCGCGUCUUCAUCUUCGGAAUUACCAACCAGUCCAUGUUCCCCAACGGUGUAGUUUAUGAAGGCUGCGAAGACAACAAGCCCCUGCACUUCCGUGGCGAGAGUGGUGCCAACGACAGCAUCAUUCCCCUUCUUGAUCAUCUCUGCGAAAUUCCCAUGCCCGAAACCCCCCUCACCAAAAUUCUCCACGAAUUCCGCGCCUACCGCCCUCUUCCCCACCGCGAGUUCCUCACCUACAUCCGGGAGAAGUCCGAAGAAAUCGGCGUUCAGAAAUACGCCGUCUCAGACUCCGAGACUGCAGUCCUCUUCCUGCGAACUCUCAACCACAUCCGCAGCUUCCGCUGGCGCCACUGGCUCUUUGCCCGUGAAUACAUCAUUCGUCGCACCCCCCACCCCACCGCUACCGGUGGCAGCCCCAUCGUUACUUGGUUGCCCAACCAGCUCUCAGCUGUCAUGGAGCUUAUGGUUAAGAUCUAUGACGAGCAUCUCGCGCCCAAAGAAGGUACCGCUGUUAGAGGCAACGAAGACCUCAUUGCCUCGCACAGGAAACAGGUUGAGCCUAUGAUGGAACUUGUUCGGGAUCAGAAGGAGAAGCUUGCUAGGGAGGUGGAGCGGUGGUGCCAGGAGCGUGGUGUUUAA